UUCCAUGAUUUGAUAAAGCUUAAAUUUAAUAGAUAAGAAAAUAUUUAUGACUUCUUUCAAAAAUAUAAGCACUUUCAGAUCUAAAUUUCUUUCUGAAAAUCAAGAUUGUUUAAAUUUUCCUAAUCAAGAAUCAAACAUAUCCAGAUUUCAUAAACCUCAAACAGAAAAACAGAUAAAUAAUUUUUUGAAAGACCAUAGAAGAAAUCUCAAAGAAAAACCAUUAAAUCAUGAAAAAUUAUCAGAAGAAGAACUCAUUAUUCGUUUAACAACAUCGAAAUCUCCACAUUCUUCAAUAUAUUCAUUAUCACCACCUUUUAUUCGUGAACUAUCUAACGAUCUUGAAAGACUUGAGAGAGCAUGUGGUUCUUCUACUUCAUCAAAAAUACAGGAAAAAACAAAUCAAUUUUUCCCAUUAUCAUAUUCGCUAUAUAACAAAUCACAAUCUUCAGAAAAUAGCAACGCCACGACUAUUCAAUCUAGUAUACAUAAUUAUGAAGAUUUGGGAAAUUCUAAAAAGGAUAUAUCCAUAAAAUCUCCAAAUUCUUCUGAAUAUUUCAUGAAGCUUUCAACAAACGUUUCACCUAUUUAUCCUCUCUCUGGACACAUGGAAAGUUAUAUACCACUACCUGAUCUUAUGUCAGACUCAAGAGCAUCUACAUCUUGUUCUGAAGAAAGUGAAAUAAAACCAAUUCAUUCAACCCCAUUAUAUAAAGUUACAAGACAUACUAAAAAAACUGCAGAAAAAAAAAAAGAUACUUCCUACAAAAUUCUAAAAGAAAUGGCAUUAUAUGAUCAAGAUUUUAAACACAACGUUUCAGAUACUCAAUUAAAUGUAGAGUCUAAAAAUAUUCUUAACAAAAAAUCAAAUAGUAUAAUAGAAACAGAUAAUUUUCAUGAAAAUGACAUUCAUAAUGACAUAACAUCCUUUUCAGAAGAUAAGAGAUCAUGCAAUAUUACUGAUCCUACUAUUGAUAAAACUAUAAAACUUUUAGGGCCAGGCGCAUGGACAACCACACCACAAACUCGAACAUACACUGAAACGCUAUCAAAUUUUCAUAUUUCUGGUGAAAAGAGUAAACAUUCUCAUAUUUCAAAAACUCAAAAUGAAGACCAUCAGCUCACAAAAAUGUUAUUACUUUUGCAAGAAGAAUUAAAAAGUACAAUUGUUAAUGUAGAAGAACUGGAACUUAGAAUACAAAAAUUCGAACAAGAUUUUAAAGACAAGGUUUCUAUUUCAAAAGAUGAUUUGUCGAAACUUCAAUUUUUAUAUGAGGUUAAAAAGAGGGAAAUCAAGACAUAUAUUUCCCUUUGUAUAAAAUAUUUUUUUUUCAUACUAUGUAUUAUGUUUCUAGCUAUAAAUAUAUUAAAUUGGGCAUUACCUAUGCACAAAACUUAUUCAGAAUUACCAUUAUAUCAGUCUUGGCCAACUUAAUUAUAAAAUUUCCUAUAAUUUAAAUUUUUUGAAAUUAA